UGCUUUGUUGAGUGUAAAAUAAUGCCUAUAAAAGAAAGACAGAAACACCACAUCCUCAUUUGUUAAUAGUGGAGUAGUAGUUGUUGGGUGUGGUGUUUGAUCAUCAUCAGUAAUAAGAAGAAGAAGAAGAAGAAGAAGAAGAAAAAUGGUUGUUAAUAAUAACAAUAAUAAUGGGUCGUUGUUGUCAAGGGGUUUAAACGCAAAGAUUAUGGGUUCAGGGAAAGAAGCGAUGGUUCUGGGUCAUGGGUUUGGAGGCAACCAGUCAUUGUGGGACAAAAUAGUACCAAAGCUGAGUCAGGUGUAUACAGUGGUUGUGUUUGAUUGGAGCUUUUCAGGUUCAAUUAAGGAUCCUAAUUUUAUGUUUGAUCCUAAAAAAUACUCAUCUUAUUCUGCUUUUGCUGAAGAUCUAAUAGCUCUGAUUGAUGAACUUGGCCUUACUUCAACUAUUUUCCUUGGUCACUCCAUGUCUGGCCUUAUUGGCUGCCUUGCUUACACCAAAAGACCUGACCUUUUUCAAACUCUCAUUCUUCUUUGUUCUUCUCCAAGGUAUAUAAAUACAGAAGACUAUGAAGGUGGUUUCAACAAAUCAGACAUCGAUCAAAUUGUAGCAAAUAUUGAAUCCAACUAUGAAAAUUGGUCCACAAACUUUCCUUGUCUUGUUGUGGACGAAUCCGAUCCUCAGUCACUGAGUAGGUUUCAAAAAUGCUUGAAAGAGAUGAGGCCUGAAGUUGCAACACCCUUGGCCAGGACUGUGUUCAAUGUAGAUGAGAGAGAGAUUCUCGAAAAAGUCGACAUUCCAUGCAUCAUCCUGCAAACAAAAAACGACAUUGUCGUCCCUGCCUCAGUUCCCACUUUUAUGCAGAAGAAAAUCAAAGGAAGUUGCACAGUGAGAGUUAUCAACACUAAUGGACACUUCCCUCACUUGACUGCACAUCAUGAGUUGCUUCAAGUUCUUGGUGAAGUCUUGGGCUUUUGAAAUGUAAUAGAUCUUAGUGAAAUCUUGGGUUAGGAAGGAAGUGAAUAAUGUAAAAGUCAGUGUGGAAUGUAGUGUGUUUAUAGUUACUGGGGGAAGUUGAUGAAAUUAAGAUUGUUUUGUGUAAUGGGAUUUGAGGUGUAAUUUUGUUGAGGUGUUUUCAUUUAAUAGAUGUACCAAAAUUUAGUCUUCUUAUUUUA